CGUGAUUAGUGAAAAAAUAAUUUAUAUUUGAUAUGCCUCCUAUAAGACGAAGCAAUUUAGGUAGAAGAACCAGAAAUGCUACAAACCAAGCUAAUUACCGAUCUAAUUCACAAACGCGUGAAGCGCGAGCAAGUUUGAAUCGAGCUGCUUUUAGUUACGAUGUGUCAAUUGACUACAGUAACUACCAAUGUGUUGUUAUUGGUUCUAUGAACUCGGUUUGCUCACACUGUAAGGCAUUAAAAUACAAAAACGAAGCCAAUGGAUUGUGUUGCGCAAAUGGUAAAGUGAAAUUGAUACCAUUGGAUCCACCACCAGAACCAUUGUACUCAUUGGUUUCAGGAAUAGGAACAGAUUCUAUACACUUUUUGACAAAUAUCCAACAAUAUAACAAUUGCUUUCAAAUGACUUCAUUUGGGGCAACAAAUGUAGUUCGGGAAAAUUUUAUGCCAACUUUCAAGAUACAAGGGCAAAUAUAUCACAGAGCAGGUUCACUGUUACCAGUGUCAGAUAGCGACAACAAAUUCCUGCAAAUUUAUUUUAUGGGCAAUUCACCACAAGAAAUUGAUCUGCGUUGUGCACAUAACAAUUUAGUAAAGAGGUCUAUUGUAGAACAAUUACAAACUUUAUUUCAUCAGCACAAUCAAUUGAUUAUAUUGUUUAAACUGCCCUGGAUCUGA